GAGAAGCAUUUGCCCCUCAAGUGAGGUUUCUGCUUACUCUGUGGCUGAACAUUAUCUCACCAAUUUACUCUUCAAGAUUAGGUUGCUGUUGCUGUUGUCUUUGAACGAGAGGAUUAUAUUCCCAGCAGUGAAAUAACUUUGUUAGAUUUCAGCUGCACAGGUUGCAUUGCCUGGCAGCGCCGCUCUGAGGUACUUGGCUUGGAAACCUGUCCGCUGUCGCUACACCAGCUAUACUCCCCUCCGUUAACGUCGCGUAGUCUUAUGCCUACCAGAGUUGAAGUGUCGGAAUUUUAUUAAACAAUUUGGCUCUACUAUACAUGAAGAUUGAGUUCUAGCAGUACAUGAUUUCGAGGUAGUUAUGAAGGUUGCGGAUAAAAAAGGAGAACUCAAGUGUGCGGAGAAAAUGGAGAGAGAAGUGACAUCUCACAAGAGGCAACCUUGCAGCACAACUGUGUUUAAUGUUAUCUCGUCUUUAUUCUCCGUGGCAUCAAUAGCAUUUUGCAUUUUUCUGAGUGUUAAGACAUCAGAGAUAAAGGGCCGUGUUGUGGAUUUGGAAACUGGACAUGGCGAGCACAUCCUUCAUCGGGUUCCCGGUUUUUCCCUGGAUCACUUUAAUUCAUUGAUACAAGAACGAGUUGACGAGCUUCUGUCACAGCGCUCCUACGAAAGUUUUGCUAAGAUUCGAAUUGCCAGAGAAGUGACACCUGAGUGCAACUGCCCACCAGGGCCACAAGGAAAGCGUGGAAGAAGAGGUCGCAAUGGAGAACCUGGACCUCCAGGUCUUCCAGGUCCACAGGGUGACAAGGGGGAUCAAGGAGACCAGGGGCCGCGGAUGGUCUUCCCUAAGAUCAAUCAUGGCUUUCUUUCUGCUGACCAGCAGCUCAUAAAGCGCCGGCUCAUUAAGGGUGACCAGGGUCAGGCAGGGCCUCCAGGCCCCCCUGGCCCCCCAGGGCCCCCAGGACCCCGGGGACCUCCAGGGGACACGGGCAAGGACGGGCCCCGGGGUGUGCCAGGCCAGCCGGGAGAUCCAGGAACUCCAGGAGAAUUAGGUCUAAUGGGACCCGAGGGGCCCCCAGGAAUCAAGGGUUCUCUUGGCUCUCCCGGCGUACCAGGGGUGGACGGACUGAAGGGAGAGGUGGGAGCCUCCGGAUUAGAUGGAACUCCUGGCACCAAGGGUGAAAUGGGAGAACGAGGUGAAAAGGGGGACAUGGGUGAAGAUGGCCUCAAAGGAGAUGUUGGAGAGAAGGGUGAAUCCGGCUCUUCUGCUGCCGGGAUCAAGGGUGAACCAGGAGAGCCAGGUCGAGGAGGAAUGAAGGGAGAGCCAGGACUUCCAGGGCUGCCUGGACUUCCCGGGAUUAAGGGAGAGCCUGGAUUCCUGGGGCCCCAGGGAGAGCCAGGACUUCCAGGACUGCCAGGAACCAAGGGGGAGAGAGGAGAUCAUGGCCCUCCAGGCAAGGGAGAGCGGGGCGAGACUGGACCAAUUGGACUGAAGGGAUCACAAGGAGAGGGAGGAACACCAGGCCCUAAAGGUUCAAAGGGCGAGUUUGGAGACAAAGGAGAUUUGGGAGCCAUCGGCCUAAAGGGACCUCCUGGACAGAAAGGAGACCAGGGUGCCACCGAGAUCGUCGAUUACAAUGGAAACAUCCAGGAGGCUUUGCAGAAGAUUACCACUAUAACAGUGACGGGCCCACCAGGACCUAUCGGGCCCGCCGGACCUCAGGGUGCCAAGGGUGAUCAAGGAAUGCCAGGACUGCCUGGACUAGAUGGAGAAAGAGGUUACAAAGGUUCGAAGGGAGACAUGGGCGUCCCUGGGACCUCCGGAGACAAGGGAGCCGUGGGUUUAACUGGCUUACCGGGUGUCAACGGUCUGAAGGGGGACAAAGGGGAUUCAGGCCUUCCUGGACCUCAGGGCAGCUCUAUAAUUGGACCCCCAGGUGCCGCUGGACCCCACGGGUCCCCCGGACCCAUGGGUCCACAUGGCUUCCCUGGACCAAAGGGGGAGGGCGGGCUCCACGGCGUGAAGGGUGUGCGCGGGGAGCCGGGCCACAAAGGGGACAGGGGACCCCUUGGCCUGCCUGGGGCCUCCGGCUUGGACGGAAAGCCCGGAAUUAGGGGUAUGGAUGGGCCUGCGGGCCCCUCCGGUCCAGCCGGGCCAAAAGGCGACAUAGGGGAGAAAGGAGCAGCAGGUGAACCUGGACCCAGAGGACCGUACGGCCUCCCUGGUGCUACUGGGACUCCUGGCCUAGACGGGUUGCCAGGCUUAAGGGGAGAGAAAGGCGACCUGGGGGAGAGAGGAGAGAAGGGGGAGAAGGGAAAGAAGGGCAAAAAAGGCCCUAAGGGGGAGAAAGGAGAACAAGGUGCUCCUGGAUUAGAUGCACCUUGCCCAUUGGUAUGUCCCAACAAUGAGCCGCUCUCCCAGCCAUGAGCCACAGCAGACCCCCAAAGGGAGGAGCCCCCCUCAGCCAACCUGGCAACCAGCUGGCCCUAAGACAGACACUGUUACCCCCUAGGAUGCUUACAGACCCAUGUCAUUCUCCCGUCUCUAGUCCAACUGGUGUGGAACAGAACGGUGAUUUAAAACUGCACAAUGUGCCUUUAAGCCGCAGGUGCGUAGUGUGCCCUGCGAGGCUGUGUGAAGGAUGGGCUGGUUGUGAUGUCACUAGGCCCCAGGGCAGCUCCUCCCUCCUCUUCCUGACAGGGCAUGUCAGGGAGCCACGCCCCCUCAGUAACACUCCGAGUCAGGGAGCCCC